CGCGGCGGAGCCCGGAGCGCGGCGGGCCUGAGGCGGCGCGGCCCCGGCCCGAUGGAGCCCACCAACUUCAUAGCGAAGGACAACAACUGGAAAAACCGUGUUGAAAGCGAAAAAGACGCUGCAAAAAGAUGGGCUGAGAAAUGGGGAUUUUUGAAAACACCUCUUGAGGAGUUGCUUGGACCUGAAAAGAAAGAAGCUGCAAAGCCCAAGCUACAGCUUCCAGAUCACCUGCAGGUUCGACCUGUGACACCCGUGGAAAAAUACACUAAGGUGCUUCCAUCUCCUCCAGUACCUAAAACUACCCAUGGAUUUAUUGGCUGGAGAUCAAGUGUUCCAGCACUGGCACUUGAACAUUAUGAAAUCCAAAGCUGCAAAGGAGCUGUCCGUAGAAUGAAGUGACCAUGUGAAUCCUCUGAGUGACAUUAUGAAAUAAAGAGGCACAAAGAGCCAUCUGCAUUCCUAAGGAAAUAUCCUGGAGUGGACUGUUGGACUGUUGUGCAUUUCUGUUCUUUAUGUAAAAAUCCACAAUCAUUUUGGUAAAGUGUGAACAGUUUCAUUUUACUUCAUUGAAUCUUUGGCAUCCAGGCUGCUAACUCUGCUUCAGAGCUUCUGCUUGUAACUUGGAAAUAACAAUGAAUAAACUCAGAUAGAUCACAGAGCACAUACUAUUUUUAUUAUCACUAAUAAGAUUAUAAUUUAAAAGUAUUCAUUGGAAAUUGGAAUGACAAUGCAGGUUUUAAUAGUUGUUUCUCCAUGAGAACCUCUGUUCAUAAAAUACUCAUAAAAUAUACUGGGUUUGUGUUGGGUGUGCUUUGCAGGUAUUUUGUGCAGUUACACACAUAAGUGAAUGGUUCCUAGUAUAGAAAUAAAGUACACAAGGGCCACAGUGACCCUGAAUCACUGUGAAAAAUCAGUUUUGGUAUCAAAACAGGGUUUUUCCAUUCAGUAUGCAAAUGGGUUACAAAGGAUUGCUUCAGUUUUAUGUAUAGCAAUAAUUGCACCAACCAGGGAAAGAUGCUCAGAGCCAGCAGGUGAUUGCUCUGGAGUUACUGGAGUAGCUCCCUCAGUGCCCUGAGGUCACUCUUGCUCUUCAUUGUGCACCUGAAGGUUUGCCAGGAUUUCUGGAAACCCAGGAGGAGACUCAUUGAGCUGCAGCAACUGUUAUCAUGAUAUAAUUCUAACUGACCAAGGUGCUCACACCAGAAGGUUGUUUAAGCAAAAAAGAGCCUCCAGGAAAUCAACACAGGCAGCUCCCUCUAACUCCUUAUCACUUCGAGGGAAAAGGUUUUGCUCUUUAAGCCUGCUGCAGGAUCUCCUUUGUGUUCUGCAGCCAUCAAUAUCUACUGCUUGAGUCAGCACUAAGUCCUUGGUGUUCACAGCAGUAAGGCAGCAGCCAGUGUUUGUUCUUCCCUUCUUCCCAAGAAAUGACUCACAAUGAUCAACAUCCCACCUUUUUUUUUUUUACAUCCAUUUCCAAAUGCCCACAAAAUAAUAAUAUUUUACUUUUUUCCAUACUCUUUACAAAUAAUGGAGAAGUGAGUCAUAUCCUUUGGAAAGAUUACCCAAGAAGGAGAACACAUAGCAGAAGUAACUUCAGACACUUUAUUUAAAAACCAGAAUAAAGAAUAACUUGGAAUCAGACUCUGGAAAUUGAAGUUAAAUUGUAGUUUAGCUACUAACCAUAACCUGUGUACACUGUUCUUUGGACAACCAAGAUAAUUGUAAGAACAAUAUUUAAAUUCAGUGUGCUUUCUUGUCAUUGCCAGGUUUGUAUGUCUUGCUUAUUUUAAUCAUGUGGUAUGUGGUUCUUCAGUUUAUUUUGAGGUCAUAAGAUCUUAUUCUUGUCUGAUUUAUAUAAACAGGUAUAAUGAUGAUUGAUAUGUCAUUUAGUAGCAAUUAAAUUACAUUAAUUCAGGCCAAAUAAAAGGGGAAUUCCACUGGCUUUUAAAGAGUUAUAUUAAAGAAUCAAAGCACCACAUACCCAUUGGAUGUUUGUAUGAAGUGAAAUCGAAAUCCAGAUGAGCAUGGUUUGAUUUUGAAAACCAAAAUAAAUUCUUUGUCCAGCAUGUACAGUUGGACAUUCCUGACUCUUAUUCCAAUGUCCGAAUAUUAACUCUGUCCUGACAUUAAGGGUUUUGUAUUGUACAUUCUACCAUUUACGGUACCUUUACUUCAGGAGAUACUUUGAUAGACACUCAUUUGGGAUGUGCAAAGAAUAUAAUCUAAAAUUUUAAGUCAUUUCUUUGUCAUAAAUCUGUCAGUUGUCCCAUGUAUUCAGGGUUUUGGUGUUAUGUGAAACUACAAACCUGACUAUUUUUUUCCCAACACUUCUAACAUUUUACAUGAAAAAAAAUUGUAGAAGUUGCAGCUGACAAAGGACUGUCCAGUCAUCUGCCCCAGUUAUGAAUCCUAAAGAUCAUUACAGAAUUAUUGUAUCACCUUGUUAUGUUUGAAACCUGGCCAUUAAUUUGUGGAAAUUAACCUAUGUAUUGGAGCCAGUUUGGGUACAUAAAUGCCACUGCACACUGUAAUAUAUCACAUGUCUCCAAGGUCAGGACAAUGUCAGUAAAUUCUUCAUACACCAGAAAAUGCUUCAAAACAAAAUUGAAUCACUUCAAAAGUGCAACAAAAGUCUAAACAAUUUUAAUUCUGUAUAAAAGUGUUAGCAGAACCAAAAUAUGAGAACAGAUGGAAGUGUAUUUAGAUGCCUUUGAUGCUCCAAUCAAUAUUUCAUUUGGUCUUCUGCAAAGCUUCUGGGGAGCACAGGGAGCUGCAGAGCAACUCCUUGGUUGACAA